AUGAGAGAUUAUAAACUGGUUGUACUAGGUGCAGGGGGUGUAGGUAAGUCAUGCUUAACUGUACAAUUUGUGCAAGGUAUCUACUUAGAUUCUUAUGAUCCAACAAUUGAAGAUUCAUAUAGGAAAACAAUAGAAAUUGAUAAUAAAGUUUUUGAUCUGGAAAUAUUGGAUACUGCCGGUAUCGCACAAUUUACUGCAAUGAGAGAAUUAUAUAUAAAAUCUGGUAUGGGAUUUCUUCUGGUGUAUUCAGUUACUGAUAAACAGUCUUUGAAUGAAUUAAUGGCAUUAAGAGAACAAGUUCUUAGAAUUAAAGAUACAGAUCGUGUUCCAAUGGUACUUGUUGGCAAUAAAGCUGAUUUAAUCGAUGAAAGGGUAAUUAGUGUAGAAGAUGGUAUAGCAGUUAGCAGUAAAUGGGGCAAGGUUCCCUUUUAUGAAACAAGUGCAUUAUUAAAAUCAAAUGUUGAUGAGGUAUUUAUUGAUGUUGUGAGACAGAUCAUAAGAAAUGAAAUGGAAAAUGUUGCAAGAUCAGAAAUGAGAAAUCCAAGUCGUUCACAGUUCAAAGACAAUAAGAGUAAUGGUGAUGGUACCAUACAAUCUCUUUCUAAAAAGGAAAUGUUAGGUAAUUCUUCUAAAAAAAAUACUAGAAUGGGAUCAUACCAAGGCCAGUCUGAAUUAUAUGAGACAAAAAAUACAUCUAGGUUACAAACGUCUAAUUUAACAAAGAAUGCAGAAAAAGGAACUGCACAAUCAAAAACAAAUUCUUCCAUUGAAGUUAAGAAUAAAACUGAUAAAUCCCCCAAAACAGUUAGUUCUUUAAAUAGAAAGAAAUCCAAAAAGAAAUCCUCAUUAUGUAUGAUAUUAUAA